CCCCUCUCCGUCUAGCGCAAUGAGCUGCCCUAACGCCCCGCCCCGCCCCGAGGAGGCCGGAGGCCUGGCGAUGGUGCUGAGCACGUUGGGUCCCGGAGCCGCGCGGGUCCUGUUCUACCCGACCUUACUAUACACGCUGGUGCGGGAGUGGCUGCCCGGCUCGCAGCGGCCCUGGUUCAGCCGCGUCGACCGCUCCGUACUGCUGGGGGCGCUGCCUCUGCGGGGAAGGAGCCGCCAGUUGGUAGAGGAGCAGAAUGUCCGAGGAGUGGUCACCAUGAACGAAGAGUAUGAGACUCGCUUCCUGUGUUAUUCCUCUGAGGAAUGGGCGGAAAUGGGUGUAGAACAGUUGCGCCUUAGUACUGUUGAUUUGACUGGAGUCCCAUCAUUGGAAAACCUGCAUAAAGGUGUUGAGUUUGUGAUGAAGCAUCGUGCAUCUGGGAACUCAGUAUAUGUGCACUGCAAAGCUGGCCGCUUUCGCAGUGCCACUAUGGUUGCUGCGUACUUAAUUCAGCUCCACCACUGUACCCCUCAACAAGCAAUAGCCACAAUUCUUAAGAUACGUCCUCAUAUAAUCAUACGUGAAAAGCAAAUGAAGUUGCUGGAGGACUUUCAUACAUGUGUAGCUGUUGGAACUCCUGCACAGCAAGAGCCACCAAAGAUUCAGCAAGGAAAGAACAAGCCAACACACAACGUGCAGAACCAUCCGCGGAAAACGUCUGGUUCCUAACAUAUUGUGCGGGGGUAGACUGUUGUCUCAGCUACCACAAAGUUUCUUGAAGCAUUGAGAGCAAAGGAGAUCUGGUAGCUCCCAGCUUUAUCACUGCUAGGUAAACAUGGCUUGCCUC